AUGCCGAAAUAUUGUGUCGAGUUUAUAGCGGAUGUUUGCACAUUCCCCUCACAAGACGAUUCGGAUAGCAUUGAUUCAAGGGAAGAGCAAGAACCACUGACUGUAAAUCCACUUGGAGAAUUAGAUCGGGACAUUCGUUUGACACCGUUUGUUGUUGCGGACCAGAAGUGCACUUCAUUCUCGACCCAGAACAAGGUGAAAUCCAGUUCACAUACCACUUCUCCUUUACCAUCCUCGACUGUAAAUUCCGUUUGUCACUGUUCACGUAAUUCUCAUCUGGUCACAUUUGAUGUCAAUUUUGGAAAUUCCCAUGUAACCUCCAUGGGGAACACCGUAUGCUGUCUGACGGAUGGUAAAACAUCCAUGUGGGAUGAGUCAGAACAUGCCACGACCAAUUUUAACCGUUACUCCCAUGAUGCUGUCCCUGUUCAUCGAACUUUCGUGAUUUCUCGUGCUGUGCAAUGUGGUAGUGGCUCCAUUACCGAGCCGACAAUGCACAAUAAUCACAGUUAUCAUGAUACUCUGAUGCUUGAUUCAAGAAACGAGACAUUCUGCCAACCAGAAGGUGAAAAAUCUGCCUAUUGUUCUCGAAAUCAAAAACACUUGAGUUUUGCCCUAUGCGAUGAAGAUAUGCAAAGUAAACCAAGUGAUUUGAAACAGAAUGCCCGUUUGUUAACCUCUGUCACAUCCAAUUCGGAAAUGUCUGUCGACGUCAGUUCCCUGUCUGCCCAAAGAUGCUCCAGCGUGACACCACCACCACCACCAGAAGCAGCUAAGAAUUCAAUCAAUUAUACUUUGGACGCGGAUGCAAAUGCGAUGCAAUCCAGUGCGAUAUUACUUGAGGAUGAUAUGGAUAGUUUGUCGGCGACCAUAUCCGGUGGAUCAACCACCAAUUUCCGCGAGAAUUCCAAACGACAUCGACAACGUCCGGCUCCAUACACAAAGCCCAGACGAAAACCCUCGGGUCAAACCAAAACCGUAAAGCAUUUGAACAGCACUUUAGCCUUGGAGCGACUUAAUUAUAAACAUAGAAAUCAACGAAGACGUCACACAAGUCUGUAUCCGAUACUUGGUGUGUCCGCGUUUGGUGACAGUCUCCUCGGGAAAUCCCCGGUGACGUUCCUACAAAAACCUGUUACAACGGAAUCCGCUGAACAAUGCAUGCUUGCACCAUUUACGGCAUUCAAGUUAAACAAAACCCAGACAGAAAUACGCGAGAACAAGCUGCCCGGGACAAACUGCAAAGAAUUCGAGGAACAUUCAGUGAUCAUGCACUCUUCCAGCACGCUAGAAGAAACAUCAUCCGUCAGUUCUUUGGAACAACCCCAGACAGUCAGAUUUAUCGCUUCCCAUCCUGAUCAUGUUGAACAUCGAAAACGAUUGGACCAUGUACUGAUGUCCGAUAAAAUUUCAAAUAGGUCAACUGAAAAAACGACCGCAAACGUAACUAAUGAUCACAAACAGCCCCAACGUUUUCUUGAAGACACAAGUCCUAGGUCACAAUCCACCCAUUUAACCAUAGCCAAUGAAAAUGGUUUGAAUGUAAAAGCCACCCCGGGGGUGAACACACAGAAUGAUCAAAAAGAUAGAGUGGGUUCUGCUGGUGAGUUAAAAAAACAAACCUGCCAACGCAGAGGUUGCUUCAAACUUGACGAUUCACCAAAUCUGAAGUCAAGUCUAGUACGAUCCGGACUAGCUACACCUGUCGAUAUGCAUGCAACGAAUUCCUCACAUAUUCCACGAACCAUAAAAAAGCAGCGCGCUCUGAGUGAAUCACGAAUUCCGACGACCCAGAAACGUUACCCAUCAUCAUUUCAAAUCGCUAUCGCAGACAACCGAUUGCAGAAUGUGACAUUAGACGAACGAAUAAAAACCGAAGAAGAUCAGGAAAAAAUGAAUACACCCAAUCAACCAGAAGUAGCUAUGAACGAAUCGGUUCCUGUAACGGAAAAUCCAGUUCAAUUUACGGGGCCAAAUGUAAAAGAUUCUUCUCUAACUCAAACAUCCGCUGAGCAGGAACCGACUCAAACGUUAAACAUGAAGGUGAAACCAACAAAUCUACGACUUAGUCGAUCCUUAGAGCGCACCACAUCAGUGGUGGAUGCCUUAGACUCUAAUAAUAUUAAGCCGCGCAAAAGACAUGAAUCUUUUUCUGCAAUUCCUGAAAUAAAGAAAAAUGAUGGAUUGUUUAUUCCUUUGAAAGCUCAACUAAACUCACAGGCUAAACUUCAGCUACCUAAAGAUGCAGGUUUUCAACCGCCCUGGGACCAUAAAUCAACACAAGCUGAAACUGUAUCCAACGUGUCUUCUUGUAUGGAACUACACCAUCAAGGAUCUAAGCCAACCGUAACGCGCAGUAGUCGACAAUCGACCCUGCUGAAACGCAACUCGGCACCGAUAUCCCUCAAACUACCCCAACCCAUUCCGGCCAAUGUACCAACCAAGAUUACAACUAAACCCUCUCCCGUGAUCUCACCUACCGUCUCCAUUUCGAUCGCAAGACGUCGUUCCAACGAGAGUGUUCUCUCCGUCCCAUUGCAUAUCUAUACCCCACAGAGCCGCAAUCGUGGCAAAUUAGUUCGACAUAAAUUUUUCAUUCCAGAAACUGCGAACAUAGAAGCAAUUCUGGCCGAUCCGGAUGACCGCAGAAUUAAGGCGAUCUGUGAAAGGUACAAAUGCGAUAUGGAAAUCUAUUCCAAACUACCCUGGUGUGGAUUUUUACAAUAUAUCAUUGUUUUGGCCGCUCGCGAUACAGCCACUCUGCGACGAUGUGCACGCACGUUGGAUUGUCGACUGAACUGGUGUUUGACUGCCCAAAUCCGGUAG